AGGAGCUGUGAGACCAGGAUGCAGGCAAGGCCCAAGAACUGGAGGCCAAGAUGAAGUGGACCAACUUGCUGUACAAGGCGGAGGGUGUGAAGAUCCGUGACAAUGAGCAACUGCUGAGGGAAGCCUUGAAGCGUAAGGAGAAGCGCAAGGCACAGCGGCAGCGCCGGUGGGAGAAGCGCUCAGAGCACGUGAUAGAGAAGAUGCAUCAGCGUCAGGACAAGCGGCGCCAGAACCUGCGCAAGAAGAAGGCCGCGAAGGCCGAGCGGCGGCUGCAGAAGGCCCGCAAGAAGGGCCGGAUACUGCCACAGGACCUGGAGCGCGCAGGCCUCUCCUGAGCAGCUUGCACCUGCCACAUUCCUGGCCAGACACCUAGGUGACAGACCGCGGGUCUCCUAUGUGAGACUGAUGCGUUCUUGCACCACACAGCCAUAGUGAGGGCUCCAUUCGUGUGCCAAGAGGAUGUUUUGCCAUCGUCCUUAAGUAGAACAGUGUCCUCCAGUCCCUGGGAGGGAUGAAGAGGAUCUGUGCCCAAGUCUUGUGAGGGUGUGUGUCUGUCUUUCUGUCUGUCUCUGUGUGUGUGUGUGUGUUCAUGUUUCUGAAAACUCCAGAAGCAAGGUAGUACAGUUGAGGUGAGCUGCCCACCUGACCUUCCUACCCACCUGUAUUUCCGGUAGCCAUGAGAACAAAAGGCCUUGACUACUGCUUCAGUGUUCACAAGUCUCUGGCAACAGAAGGGAGCCCACAGGAGUUCUCAGGGGAAUAUGAUCCUGUUAGGUCUGUCUCUGGGCCAGAGCUUCAAAACCCAGAGUCUUUCUGGGAUCUGCAGGGUGUGCCUUGGGUAACAUGGCCUCCUGUGAGCCAGUUGCUGUCAGAGGCUUGGGAAGUAGUGGUGUACUGGCUAGUUUAUGUCAGUUUAACAUAAGCUAGAGUUAUCUGAGAAGAGGGAGCCUCACUGAGGAGACAACCUCACUGGACUGGCCUGCGGGCAAGUCUGUGGUCCACUUCCUUUACUGGUAAAUGAUGUGGCAGGGCCCAGUUCAUUGUGGGUAGUGCCACCUCUGGGCUCGUGGUCCUGGGUUAGAUAAAGCUGGCCAUGGGGAACAAACCAGUAAGCGAUGUUCCUCUAUGGCUCUUCCUUUUUUAGUUCUGCCUCAAGGUUCUUGCCCUGACUUCUCUUGGUGAUGUACUGUUACCUGGAAAUUAACAUGAAAUAAACCUUUUCCUCCCCC